GGAGGAUGUGGGGGCGCGGAGCUGAGAGGCCGGGGGCGGGCUAAGGCGCGGGGGAGCACGGGUCCCGGGACCCGGUGAGGGUUCCACACCAGGCCUUCAGUAGUGGGCAGGACGCAGGCACCCGCGCCCAAGGGGAGCAAAGCCGGGCUCGGCCCGAGGCCCCCCAGGCCCCCCGUCUCCCAAUGCCGGAGGUUCCCUCCCAGGAAUCCACCACGUGACAGCCGGACCGCCCUCUCUGAAUAGAGGAGCCCUGUUAGCGCCAUGGCUCCCAGGAAGCGGCUCUGCCUUCCCGUCCUGCUGUUGCCACUUCUGUCCCUGCUGCUGCCCCAGGCAGACAAUCGGUCGUUCAUAGUGGAUCGGAUAAAUGACAGAUUCCUUCUAGAUGGGGCCCCGUUCCGCUACGUGUCUGGCAGCCUACACUACUUUCGGGUACCACGGGUGCUUUGGGCAGACCGGCUUUUCAAGAUGCGAAUGAGUGGCCUCAACACUGUACAGUUUUACGUGCCCUGGAACUACCAUGAGCCAGAGCCUGGGGUCUAUAAUUUUAAUGGCAGCCGGGACCUCUUUGCAUUUCUGAAAGAGGCAUCUCUAGCGAACCUGUUGGUCAUACUGAGACCAGGACCUUACAUCUGUGCAGAGUGGGAUAUGGGGGGUCUCCCAGCCUGGUUGCUUCAAAAACCUGAAAUAAAUCUGAGAACCUCAGAUCCAGACUUUCUUGCUGCAGUGGACUCCUGGUUCAAGGUCUUACUGCCCAAGUUAUAUCCAUGGCUCUACCACAACGGGGGCAACAUCAUUAGCAUUCAGGUGGAAAAUGAAUAUGGUAGCUACAGAGCCUGUGACGUCAACUACAUGAAGCACCUGGCUGGGCUUUUCCGUGCGCUGCUAGGAGACAGGAUCUUGCUCUUCACCACAGAUGGGCCUGAAGGACUCAGAUGUGGCUCCCUCCAGGGCCUCUACACCACUGUGGAUUUUGGCCCAGCUGACAACAUGACCAAAAUCUUUGCCCUGCUUCGGAACUAUGAACCCCAUGGGCCACUGGUGAACUCUGAGUAUUACACAGGCUGGCUGGAUUACUGGGGCCAGAAUCACUCCACACGGUCUGUUUUGGCUGUAACCAGAGGCCUAGAGAACAUGCUGAAGCUGGGAGCCAGUGUGAACAUGUACAUGUUCCAUGGAGGUACCAACUUUGGAUACUGGAAUGGUGCUGAUGAGAAGGGGCGCUUUCUUCCAAUUACUACCAGCUAUGACUACGAUGCACCAAUAUCUGAAGCAGGAGACCUCACACCUAAGCUUUUUGCUCUUCGAAACGUCAUCAGUGAGUUCCAGGAAAUUCCCUUGGGACCUUUACCUCCCCCCAGCCCCAAGAUGAUGCUUGGACCUUUGACCCUGCAUCUGGAUGGGGAUUUGCUGGCUUUCUUAGACUUCCUGUGCCCCCAAGGGCCCAUCCAUUCAAUCUUGCCCUUGUCCUUUGAGGCUGUCAAACAGGACCAUGGCUUUAUGUUGUACCGGACUUUUCUGCCCCAUCCCAUUCCUGAGCCAACGCAGUUCUGGGUGCCUAACAAUGGAGUCCACGACCGUGCCUAUGUAAUGGUAGAUGGGGUGUUUCACGGUGUCUUGGAACGAAACAUGAAACACCAACUAUUUUUGACGGGGAAAGGUGGGGCCAAAUUGGACAUCUUACUGGAGAACAUGGGGAGGCUCAGUUUCGGAUCUAACAGCAGUGACUUCAAGGGCCUACUAGAGCCACCAGUUCUGGGGCAAAUGGUCCUUACCCAGUGGCUGAUGUUCCCUCUGAAUGUUGAUAAGCUCGUAAAGUGGUGGUUUCCCCUCCACUUGAUGAAAAGUACACGUCCUCAAGCUCCUUCUGGCCCCACCUUCUACUCCACAACGUUUCCAAUUUUCGGAGAAGGCGGGGACACUUUUCUCUUUCUACCUGGAUGGACCAAGGGCCAAGUCUGGAUCAAUGGGUUUAAUUUGGGCCGGUACUGGACAAAGCGAGGGCCCCAACAGACCCUCUAUGUGCCACGACCUCUGCUGUUUUCUAGAGGAGGCCUCAACAAAAUUACAUUGCUGGAGCUAGAAAGCGUGCCUCUCCAGCCCCAAAUCCAGUUUGUGGAUAGGCCUAUACUUAAUAGCACUUCACAUAAGACAUUUGUCUAUUCCCUCUCAGUUGAAACGCCAAGCGCCCCUGAACCAAUGGAGUUAAGUGGGCACUGAAAGAAAGGUAACCUUGGACCCGGGACAUGGAGUGGGCAGGAUCCCUUGGUGCUGGCCACGGUGACCGCCAGGAACCAAAGGCCACAACCUGAAUGCAAUACAAGUGCAGUUUCCUUGCCAAACUUUAUUACGAUUAAAGUUCCAGAGACAGUACCAGCUCCACACCCCUCUAUGGCCCUGUCUUUGCCCUGGUUCCUGAGUGUCCUUCUUAAUCUUCCAAAUACUCCGGUUUCACGGGAAAGAAGAAACCUAGGGCUACUGUGAAUGCACCCUCUCAGGGCCCAGAGUUGGCCCAGGUGCAGCUGUAAAGAGGUCAGGAAGAGGGCUUGGCGGCCUGGCAGCGGUGAUCCCGGAGGCAGCGUGUGGAGCAGAAAGAGAAGUCAAGAUAGUGAAAGGGAAUGAGGCCUUGGAGGGAUGUCCCACAACUCCAGCAGCGCCUGGACAAGAGGAAGAUAGAUGGCUGAACAGGUACCCCAGAAACUUUCCAAUCCAAGCUCUUCCCCGCUCCUCCGGCCAUAUCUGGUUUUGUUCCAGAGGUUUUCUCAGAACAUCUCAAGUCCCCCCUCCCCCCAACAGCCUUUUGGAGGACUCUGCAGCAUUCAUUCCACUUGCCCACACCUGGCCCUGUACUUACUGAGCACAAAGGGUUGCAGGACCGGGUGUCUGCGGGGUGGAGACUCCCAGCUGGGCAGCCAGCCUGCGCUCUGCGGCCAGAGCUCUCUGAGGGGAAGAGAAGUCUUAUUAAGGACAAGGCCCCAGAGCUGGACAGGGUGCCUGCGAAGUGACAGCUGCACGCUGGGAAGGGGUCAGACCUCUGAGGAAAUCAGGGCUGUGGAAGAGAGAACCUCCAGCCUCACCUUCUCACGAUCGCUGAGGGCGGCAAAACGCCGCUGCUCUUCUUGCUCCCUCUCCUCCUGCUCCCGCUGCUUCCGCUGCUGUUCCUCCCUUUGCCUCCGGGCAGCCUUCUGCUCCCUUUUCCGCAUAGCCUGCCGUGCCUCCAUUUCUGGCGUCAGUGGCCCUGGCACCUGGAGGAUUUCCAGGGAGGUGUAAGGUAAGACCCAUACAAACUGUCCUUGGGAAAACUAUAAGAAAGUGGAAAAGAUCUUAGCCAGGAUCAAUGCUGCCUUCCUACUCUACUGCUGCUUCCUUUUCCAGCUGACCUGAGCCUUGCUGUAAUCGUAAGCAUCUGGAUUCUUCUCCAUGAACCUUCGGAACUCAUUACGCGUUGACUUGUCAGCUGCAACCGUAUAUGGUGGCCGGGCCCGGGAGUCCCUAGGUGCGAAAACCCCCCAAAGUGGGUUCAGCUCGCCUCCUCCAUCUCCCAACCUCACCCAAACAGAUCAAAGGGAAUACUGUCAAGUAGCCAGUACCAACGUUAGCCUCCAGAUGAUCCUCUCUAUACCCCAAAGGGCUCGGCUUGGGGACCAUUACUUACUGUACAGUGGGGUCGGCACCUGCCUCCAGCAGCAGGCGAACCACUGAGCCUCUCCCAGCUGCAGCUGCUGCAUGCAGGAGGGUGAAGCCAUUGGAGCCCAAGGGGGCACUGAGCAGAGACAGAACUCCAGGGUCUGUGGGGCCAGCAGCUAGCUGGAGUUUCAAUAUCCCAACAUCUCCAGCUCUGCAAGCAGCCAGAAGCAUGUCCCAGAGCUCUGACUGAUCAGGGGUCUUGGCCUCAUCCAGGGAAGGCCCCAAAGGGGCUGCAUGUGCCUGGGCGGACUGUGAGAAGGCCUCAUCUCCUUGAGGUUGCUGGGGAAGAGUCACAUGCACCCCGGCUUCCAGGUCCUGGCUUCUCUCCUUCUUAUUCCUUUUUCUCCUUCUCCGCUUUGGCAAUACCUCAAACUCACGAAGAUCCAGGGUCCCUACUGUCAAUUCUACUAGCUCCAGCUCCACCUGAAAGCUGUCCUCUCCCUCCGACCCUGAACCUAGGGAAAAAUACGAUGUUAGGUCCAUCUAAAGAAAUACACAGAGGGUGGAAGGAUGUGGGCUGCCCCAGAUGUAUAAUAAUGUACAUAAAAAGAGAAUCCAGAUUGUCUUGAAAUGAAA